CAUAGAUCAGUGAACGAAAGAUAACAAGGUUGUGCUCUUGUUUUUACUAAAUUUUGUCCAUUUUAAGCUAAAUACUCGCCGCCUUUUUACAAAGAUGAGUACACGACAAGUUCUACAAGUAUUCGAGCAGUAUCAAAAGGCCAGAACGAAUUUUGUACAGACGAUAGCUGAGCUUUCUUCAAGGCCCCAGAAUAUAGAAACACUGCAAAAUGCAGGCGUUAUGUCAUUGUUAAGACCUCUCUUGCUGGACAUUGUACCAACUAUCCAGCAAACUGCUGCUCUUGCCCUUGGGAAGCUGGCCAGUUAUAAUGAUGAUCUAGCAGAGGCUGUUGUCAAAGCAGAUAUUUUACCCCAGCUUGUUUAUUCACUGGCUGAACAAAAUAGAUUUUACAAGAAGGCAGCCGCAUUUGUUUUGAGAGCAGUCGCAAAGCAUUCUACCCAGCAUGCACAGGCUGUGGUUGACAGUGGGGCAUUAGAUGCAUUGGUAAUCUGUCUUGAAGAGUUUGAUCCAGGAGUAAAAGAAGCAGCAGCGUGGGCACUAGGAUAUAUUGCCAGGCAUAAUGCAGAGUUGUCCCAAGCUGUAGURGAUGCCGGUGCAGUUCCUCUCCUGGUCUUGUGCAUCCAAGAACCAGAGUUAUCUCUGAAAAGAAUUGCUUCAUCUGCRCUAAGUGAUAUCUGUAAACACUCACCAGAGUUGGCACAAACUGUUGUUGAUGCAGGAGCCAUUGCACAUUUGGCACAGAUGAUAUUGAGUGAUGAUGCAAAGUUGAAGAGACAAGUUUUUUCUGCCUUGAGCCAAAUUGCUAAGCACUCUGUAGACCUGGCAGAAAUGGUUGUCGAAGCAGAGAUCUUUCCAGCUGUAUUGUCAUGCUUAAAAGACAAAGAUGAAUAUGUUUGUAAAAAUGUUGCAACACUAAUUCGCGAGAUAUCAAAACACACUCCAGAGCUUGCUUUACUUAUUGUAAAUGCUGGUGGAGUUGCUGCAGUUGUUGAUUAUGUYGGCGAGAGACAAGGCAAUGUACGCCUACCAGGAGUCAUGAUGCUGGGAUAUGUUGCUGCUCAUUCAGAGAACUUAGCAAUGUCKGUCAUUGUGUCCAAGGGUGUUGUUCAACUGUCAAUAACAUUAGCUGAGGAGCAAGAAGAUCACAUACAGGCUGCAGCAGCAUGGGCCUUAGGUCAAAUUGGACGCCACACGCCAGAGCAUGCUAAGUCUGUGGCAGUUGCUAAUACAUUGCCCAAACUUCUCCACUGCUUUUUAAAUGCUGACAGCUCUGAAGAUCUUGUUACCAAGUCCAAGAAAGCCCUCAAGAACAUUCUUCAAAAAUGCACAUAUCUACCAGCACUCGAACCAUUGUUACACGAUGCACCUCCAAACAUCUUAAAGCAUGUUGUGGGCCAGUUUGCUAAGGUGCUGCCCCACGAUGCAAAGGCAAGACGAUUGUUUGUGACAAGUGGAGGACUUAAGAAAGUGCAAGAAAUUAAAGCAGAACCAGGCAGCGCAUUACAUGAAUACAUCAAUACCAUCAACAACUGCUAUCCAGAAGAGAUUGUCAGAUAUUACUCUCCAGGCUACUCUGAAAGACUUCUGGAACGCGUUGAACAGUACCAACCUGUUCCUUAGACAUUGUCAAUAAAAAUCAUCUAUAGAUUUAUAUUACGCUCUGUAUAGUCAGAUUUUAGUUAAUUCUCUCAAAUGUUAUGUAAUUUUGUAGAAUKGAAAGGCAUUUCUUUGUUUUAACAGCAAAUCUGUAAUAUUGCUGGCUGUCAGAUAAAGAAACUCUUGUACAUAAGUCGGACAUAUUUYAUUUGGUAAAGUGUGUUUUCUCUUAUUAUUUUCUGCAAUUUGUAAUUGUCCAUGUAUUGUAAUCAUUUUAUUAAAUUAUUUGCACCAAAGCAAGA